AAUAUUUAGAAUUUAUAUAAACAAUUGCAUUAUGUGACUUCCUAAGCAGCAUAUCGUCGUCGUUAUUAAACUAUAACGGAUUUUAAAGUGUAUAUUUUUUUUUAUACAACAACAGAGACUAUAUUUUCCAUCUAUAUUUCGAUCAAGGUAUUCCUAUUUUUAGUUAUCCAUGACAAUCACCUCUCUCACCAAUUAACUAACUGUACAUAUUCAAUUAGUUAAGUUAACUUCAAUGCAAGUUAAGCAAAUGCAUUAUAUGUAGUUUAAGUUACCGGGUUGAUGAGAUGUAGGCGCGAAGGUGCAAAGAUUUUAAACACCUGAUUGACUGCUGUAUUAUUUAGAAAAACUAUAUAAAUUGUAAUCAAUACGAAAAUCUUGAAUAUAUUUUACAUGUUAUUCAACUUAAAGACUCGCUACAAGCCAAUAAAUAUGUGCAUUACAGCGAGAUGUUGUGUGAAAGGGUUGAGUAACGUUAACAUUAAUUUAUUACAACAAACCGAUAAAAUUCGUAUCGUAUAUCAUCCAAGGCCUGAUAUAUAAAGCAUAGCUGAGAGUUUAAAGUAACCACAUAAAUCGAGAUUAAGUGAAUGCGUAAGCAUAUCGAUCGAGCAACGUGGAUUUCUGUCAAACAAUACGUCAUUUUCUAACAGGACAAUUGCAUCCAGAUAAGAAGACGCGUAACAGAAAUACGAAAAAUCAAUAUAAAAAAGAAUUAAUUGAAUUCAAAACAAUAACACGAUCGAAGGAAAGAAAUAUAGAAAAUAAAUGUCUUUCAAAGGCAAAAACGCGGUUGUGACUGGCGGAGCCGGUGGCAUUGGUUUGCAAGUGGUCAAAGAGCUAUUGGCCAAAGAGGCAGAGAAGGUGGCUAUAAUAGAUUUACAGGAUAAUUUUGAAGAAAUUGUUAAACUUAGAGCUGACUAUCCAGCUCAGAGUGUAAUGCUUAUAAAAAUGGAUGUAGCAAAUAAAAAGGGCGUGGAGGCGAGUUAUGAGGAAAUUAUUAAAACUAUGGGUAAAUUGGACGUGAUAGUAAAUGUCGCUGGCAUUUUCAACGAUAAAGACAUACAACGUACACUUCUGGUUAAUCUUGGAGGAAUGAUCCAUUCGACAUUAAGUGCUCUAAAAUUUAUGAAUAAAGUAAAUGGUGGUAACGGUGGUCUUAUUUGUAAUAUGGCAUCCGUUGUCGGUUUGGAUCCCAUGUUUCUUGUGCCCGUUUAUGCUGCGACUAAAGCUGGUAUUAUCAAUUUUACGCGAUGCUUGAGCCAUGAAAAAUUCUAUCAACGUAGCGGCGUUAAACUUAUUACUGUUUGUCCAGGAGCGACCAUAACUGAUAUGUUUACCAAUUUUACAGAGAAAAUAUUAUUUCCUGAAGUUGCUGAUGAAUCCUAUCAAGUGCUUGAUCGUUUGCACAAACAAAGUGCUGCUGAUGUCGCGCGUUGUAUUAUGAGUGCUUUGGAAAACGAAGAAAAUGGAACGGUUUAUAUUAUAGAAGGCAAGCGCUUAUUUCCUAUGGAAAUGAAACGUUACUGGCGCGGGAUUGAAAAGGAAUUAAACGAUUAAAAUGAGCAGAUAGAAAAAAUUUAAUAGUUUUAUCUAUAAUUAAAUUCAUUUAUU